UACAUUUCCAGUUUUCAUAUGCAAAAUUUUGGACGCAAGGCAGAUUUCUUGCAAAUGGAAUUUGAUCCGAAUGAACUGAUGCACUAUACCUCGAUUAGCGCUAUUGAAGAAGUGUAUCAGGCGCCAUUUGCCAAGCGUCUUGAGUUUCAGAGAGUUUUGCAAUUGUGGCUUUUGCUGUUGCUAAGUUAUUUCGGGAAGAUUGGUGGCUUCAUACUGAUGAAGAACUUCUUAGAGAAAAAUAUUAAUGAAACAACAAAAAUUACUGAUUUUAUCGAUUGGCUUCGACCAUUUGCUUCUUGUUCACUCUUGCUAAAACCAGCAGUUAUUACAGAAACUUUCGGCCCAACCAUCCAAGUAGCAGUGACACGAUUAGAGCACAUGGACGAUAAGGAACUGAAAUGCGAAACGGUAAAAGGUGAUUUGAAUGAGUCACCGUACGUUGAAUUGGCAAAAGUAUUACAAAGUUUGUCGCUGGUUAAUCCAGAAAUGAUCCAUCUGGGACGACAAAUGCAGUUUUUUGCACUGCGAUAUAUUUUGCGGGUGCUUCAAGUUGCACCUUUUGCUGGACGUAUAGCAGCUCUGGAAGAAUUACAUAUGGUUUUACAUAAUGCAGCGUCAGAAUUUCGGCAGCAAGAAUUAGUAAUUUCGAUGAAUGAUUUGACCGAAUGGCUGAGGAAGCAACAUCUUAUCGAAGUAUUGGUUCGUGAUAAUUUGCAUCACCCGUCAUACUGCGAGAGGUUGGAAAGAGUAUUCCGAGUGUUACUAGAAAGAAAUGCUGUAACAGUGGAUGACUUGGAUAUCUUAUGGAAUGUGCAGCAUGAAAGGCAUGACGUCAUCCAGCGAAAUGUUCACGAUCUAAUAGCAAA